AUGAAAUUACAUUGCAUCAUUGUAUCUUUUAAUUGUAGAUUUAUGUCUACAACUUCUACCACUACACCUAUCCUUCCAACUAAAUCAACCAAAGUAUAUGUAUCAACAACAGAUAAUCCAUUAUUUAAUCUUGCAACUGAAGAUUGGUUAUUUAAUCAUUUCGAUCUAUCACAACAAGUUCUUUUCCUCUGGAGAAACAAACCGACUGUUGUUAUUGGACGUUAUCAAAAUCCUUUCAAGGAAUGUCACUUGCAAGCAAUGGAAAAGGAUGGAGUUGUCUUGGCUAGGAGAUAUAGUGGUGGUGGAGCAGUCUAUCAAGACCACGGCAAUUCAAUCUUUACCUUUUUGUCGGCUACCGAUGACUAUGACAAAAAGAGAAACACUGGUAUCAUCAUAGACUCUCUCAAACCAUUCAUUAUUCAAGCAGAGGCCUCUGGUAGAAAUGACGUACUGGUCGAUGGUAAAAAGGUGAGUGGCAGCGCAUUUAAACAAUCUGGUAAGCGAUCAUUCCACCAUGGCACCAUGUUGAUCAAUAUUGAUGCCAACAGUCUCGCCAAAUACCUAAACCCAAACAAGGAAAAGUUAAAAUCAAAAGGUAUCACAAGUGUCAUCUCUCGUGUCUGUAAUUUAAAUACUCUUUCACCAACUAUUAAUCAUCAAACUUGGAGUCAAUCAAUUAUUAAUUCUUUUGAAAAACAAUAUAAUUUAAAAGCUGAUAUUGAAGAAUUAAAUACAAAAGAUUUAGAAAUUAUUCCAUCAUUAAAGGAAACUUUUAAUAAGUUAAGUGCAUGGGAUUGGAGAUUUGGUAAUUCACCACCAUUUGAACAUCAAUUUGAAAAGAGAUUUGAUUGGGGUAUAAUGGAUGUGAAUAUUAAUUGUUCCAAAGGAAUCAUUGAAAAGAUAAAGAUUUAUAGUGACGCAUUAAAUCCAAUCAUGAUUGAAGUAUUGCAAGAAAGUUUAAUUGGAAUGGAAUAUGGAAAAGAUGGAAUUACAGUUGGAAUGGAUAGAGCAAAGAAUUUAAUGAAAGGAACAGAUUCAGAAAAAGAGAUUGAACAAUUAAAACAAUGGUUAAUCGAUGAAAUUUAA